AUGCUUUGGCUAGUUCUACUAUACAUGAUCCCCAUUUGUCUUGCCAAUACCGAAACCCACCUACUCGAAAUACCUCAAUACUAUGACAUACCACCACACCCUGAACCCAUACACGUAAUUGAUCGAUUACAGCGCAAUUGGCAUCGUAUAAACUCAAGUCUAUCUGUACUACUUGACUACCCAAUUGCAUCAAUUAGUGAUGAGCUAUUAACCAGUAAGACUCACUCAAACGUGGUGACAUUACCAUAUGAUAGUAUUGCACGACCACAAAGGACAAUUUUGGUACGAUUGAACAACUAUAAUGACACACUAUUGCAGAAUAAAGAUUUACUAAACAUCAAACUAUGUUGGCCAGCUACACUGCCUUUUGAUUUCAAGCUUUCGCAUGAGUAUAUCAAGACAAAAGAGAUAAUCGAUGAUGCAAACGCUUUAAAUAAGAACCACUUUGAUUUAUACCUUCGGAUUGACUAUCAAUUCUUUGGAGUAACCUAUAAUGAAGCAAAAUUUUUACGCCAUAACGAUGAGGUCAAAUUCCAAUUGUUUGUUAGCAAACUCCCGUUCAAGAUGAUUCCUAUACCAUUGGAACUAUACGACUUUGUGAUUUACUUGGUUGAUUUGCUCAUUUUGGUCAUUACUCAAAUAAAGUUUCUUGCUUGGUUGUUGAUUAGAGUGGAGACCAAACCAUGA